AUGUGUACAUCAUUAGUUUGUCUUCUAGUUGUGAGUAUUUUGCGUCGGUCAUCGGUUAGUCUCUAUCGUACUUGUUUAAAUCCUUUUUUUGUUGAAGGAAAGAGGCGAGAUCCUCCACAACAAUAGCUUUUUAUGCGUGACUUUAAGAACAGAUCACUAUCAUGCCAUCAGAUGACAGGUGAUGCACAAAAACUGUUAACUAGAGUUGAUAGUUUGGGUCGCCCGAGCUGUUGGUGCUUGUCAUUUCUCUCGCAAUAAUCUCAUGAGUAACUGGUGUUUGUUCAACUUCUGAGGGUGUCUUGUUUAUUCCUGUUUCUGAGUUAGACUUAACUUUUUACCCAUUCACUUCUGACAAACGAUCCGCAGGGCUAUAUAGUCCUGGUAGCAAGAGUAUAUUAUCUCGAUAUUGAGUGGCUAGCGGAUUUUCGAUAAGGGCAUAUCGACUUUAUAGCGAUUUUGCCCGCCGAAUUUUCAUCAAGGCGUCAUUAAUUUUUGAGAUACUCGAAGAACGGCGACAGCAGGACGUACAACAUUUCAUGCGACGUCGCAUGAAAUGCUGUACGUCUAGCAGACUUCCCUACCCUUAUAAUAAUUCUGUCUAAAUUCUGCGCAGAAUCUAAGCAGAGGUUUAGAAUAAUUUACGCAGGAUCUGCGCCUAGGUUGUCACUCCAUUCUGUUCAGAAUCUGCGCCGAGGCCCGGCACAGAAUCGGCGCCGAGGCUCGGCAAGAUUCGGCGUAGAAUCUGCGCCGACAAUAAUCGUUGCGGUAAUUGGGUUUUUUUUAUGCAAGCUAAAUUGUGGUACAUGAAUACGAGCUACGUUAUGAGGAUAUCACUACCGUUCACAUAAUUUGACGUCGAUGCCUUAUUCACACGCCUUCCGAAAGUCAAUCUGAAAGGCCCUUUUCAAUUGUGUCGGCCGCGAUUCUGCGCGGAGUUCCAUAUUGCGAAAACAUCUAUGUUGUCACAUAAAUUAUUAAGAAAUUGAUGGAUGUCAUACCCACAACCAAACUGUAUGCCGUUGAUCCAAAGAAGGCCCGUUUCCCUGUCACCGGUCGUAAAACGUCAGCUGUUAUACUGUCGUAGAACAGUGUAUUGAAGAUCCUCUCUGCAAAGGCAGUAACAGUGUCCCCGCCGUUGGUAUUUAAGUGUGAAAUCUAGUAGCAAACUUGUAAUUUGAGGGUGUACUUUCCAUCUGCUGUCGGAAGUCAGAAAGACUGCUAAUAAAUAAAUCAGCUCCUGUAGGGUUGCCGUGAGUUGCAACACGGGUCCAUGAAGCGCUGGAGUGGGCGUGGAUCUACAGUGGCAAGCAUGCGCAUUACGGCUGUCAUAAAGGUCAACUUAUUGCAUCUUCAUUUCCUACAUUGUUUUAGCGUUCUGGACCGAGUGCCGCAUCAUCCAUCGUAAGCAGGUUUUCAGAGAAGACCUCCGUCAGAGGGAGGAAUGACGGCGUUGCCAUUUGUGGUGUCGGCUGCUGGUGCCUAAGGCGAGCAGUUCAGAUGGGUAGACGAAUACCUGUGUGUGAUGGUGACGUGCCCAAGGAGUUCGUAUUGUCAGCCUCCGUUUGCUGAAAGGGGAUGGGUGUAAUUUAAGUCGCAGUCCCAUUGACGAUGAUGAUAUGCCUGGAAUUGUUGCCCAUAGGCAUUCCUUCUUUUACAGAUUUUUCGCCGAUCGCUUCGGCUGUUCCUUAUGCCUCCAUUAUUCAAUGUCAGACAGCAAUCUGCUACAAACCAGUACAUUUAGGGGUUAUGAGAGUUAAAACUAUGCAAACAUUCACUCUCUCCCGUCAUUAUCCACGAAAUAAUAACUAAGGGACUGUUCGGUUGCAGGUUCGUGGAUAGUGACCGGUGACAAGUGAGAGACAAAAUGAUUUCGCAAUGAGUACGGGAGAAUAGGAGGAAAGGUUACCGUCCGACUGCGUUAUCGAAAAGCCGGUGAACUGCACGAACACUCAGCGCUGCCAGUAAUCCAUUCCCAAUGCCCCUUGAUUUUCAUCAGGAUCAAGUGGUCAUCGAUGGUAAAGCAAUCGUAUUUGCAAACUACAAGCGCUGACAGUUGUCCCACUGCUAGCUUUAAAAACGUUUGUAUUCUAUGAGUGCAUAGGAUAAUCAAAGUAAUCUUCAACAUCCUCGUAGUCAACAUAAACCAGUCCUACGUCUCGACGGGAAUAUCUUGUUAUGUUCUUAAUGCACACCAACUUGCCGUCGACUGCUAGUGACCCCUCUGGUGGAUUUGUACCAAUGAUAAGUCCUUCCUGGAUCGACCUAAAUUGUGUAAACUUGCCGCCCGUUAGCGGUACUGGACCUUUGCAGUGCUCGUACUGAAAAGUCCACUCAAUUGGAUAUGGUAAUGCGCGUCGCUCAGGCCUCAGCUCCACUAACAAUUCUGGUCAGAAUCUACGCCGAAUCUAAACAGAGGUUUAGAAUAUUCUAUGCCGAGGUUGUCACUCAUUGCCAAUCAUAAUUUGCGCCGAGGUCCAGCACAAAAUCAGCAUAGAACCAUCGCGCCUUCUUUUCAAUGCUACUCAAGGCAUCCUGUAGGAGACGAAAGAUGCGGAUGGUUAUUAAAUUUAAAAAAACAAUUUUGGGAAAUGUACGGGAGAUACAGCAAAAUUGUGCAAAAUAGAGUACAAACCAGUGUCUCAUAAAAAAGUAAAACUGUGCUUAAUUAUACACAUAAUCGUGAUUAAAACGUUUAUUGAGGGCGUAGCAAUAUAGAAAUACCCAUCCAUAUCCCGUUUUCUUCCUGGCUUUCUCCAGGAAGUCUCCUGACGGACUCUCACAUAAUUGGGUCCCAAAACGGAGUAUGUCAAAACUAAACAAGGGAACAAAACAGGGUCGCGUUAGCCUUCUACAAGCCAAUUGUUCUUUCACACCGCCCAUAGUCUGAUGGGAAGGAGGGGAGGUAAGGCAGUUUCGAAAAUAUACGCAGUAGAAGCUAUCUUCUUCCCAAAGAAUUUCAUCGCUUUCUAAUUAAAUUUCUUGGGAUGCCCGCCUCUCAACACAUGCACACGCAUAUAUAUGUGCGACAAAAGUAUACAUCUAUGUGUGUACGCUCACACACACAAUCCUCAUUACCAAAAUGGCCUUACAAAUAACUCGCAUUGGACAGUUGUUAAAAAGUACUGCUAUUUUUAAAACUACUUUCUUCGUAGAUGAGCUUAUCUCGUUGCGUCGACUUUGCACGCCUCAGGGACUUCUUACACACCACUUCAUCCAAUGACACAGUGAUACUAUUCACCGAAGCCGACAAUCUCCUGCGUAUACAGAUUUUUCGGGAAGAAAAACUGUGGACCACUGGAUUGUCGAUGUCUCAAAUGGUUGCAUAUUCAAGUGCUUUGAGUAUUCGCAGCGUUCAGCUGUUUCUUGCCUGGAUAAGGUGAGCCCACGACCGACAUCUCCACUGUCUAUUCAGGGAGAAGACAUCUCAAGAUCAGUUUUCUCUCCAGGUGGAGGACCCCAACGACCUCGGAAUUACUUUUGGUUCUUCUCCACCAAUGCAACUCACCAUUCCGCUGAACCUUGUUGAAGGCCUGAGGCCCUUUGUGGAGACUCUCGUUAGGGCCCUGGCAAACGCGCAGGCCAGAUUAGCAACUCUGGAGAAAAACGUUGCUGAUAUGUCCGGGUACGCUUUCCUCAUUCUCGAGUUUUUGUUUUUUUCUUGCAACAUAAAGGCUGCCUGAACCAUUUAGCUUUAUCAAUUCUCCUGUCUGGCUUGAGCAACUACCAGAUAGGUUGAGCCAGGGUCAGGCUGGAAGCUCUGCGUUUUAGUAAGAAAGACUGGCUGAACACCGGAAAUGUUUUUUUUUCUGUGCCGUUUAACUCGUGCAGGAGUCCACUGUCAGGGGUGCUGACCAGUCAUCAGUCGAUGACUGCGCACGGCCCUGUACGCCGGCUCCUGAUCGAUAAAUCGAUUAGUUGAGUUUCCAUCUGCGGCUCAGGCUGAAAUCAACGCUCGGCCUGUUUUAAUUUCCCGUGUGAAUGAUUAUUUUGGUCGCUGCGAAAUCAAAUUCAUAACCCACUUUGUAGAUGUGGGCAUCCACUUGCGAUAGUUAGUCCCCUCGUCGCACAGCCAGCUUAUGUUCGUGUAUCAACUAUCUGAGCAUGCGUCCAGUCUGAACUUUAUAGUUAUAAGGACAUUUUUGGCACGGGAUGCGCUGCACGUGGAGUAGUACUACCCCAGAUUGUUCUUCGGGGUCUAAUCGGUCUGCAAUUUUCUCAACCUUGCUGCGCAUGAUGGCUUUUGGACCGGUUUGCAACUCUUACACCUGGUUUCGCAGCCAUACGCCGGUCGCUUCUAAAACGUCCUUAGUGUAUGACAGAAAAUGACAUAUCCUUGGGUCUUCUGUGGGCGACCGCGUAGGCAAGGGCUUAUGAACGCCUUCGGAAAGCCAUUCUGCGCAAACUGGCCGCAGCAAUAACGGGUCUCAAGUGCUCCUUCCGCCGGUUUACUGCAAUGAGUCUGGGUCCGUUUGAAGAGCGUUUUUUCGUUGGUGUGCCGCCGGAUGAAUGUUGAAACCGAGAAGCUGUGUGGUGUUCGUUGCCCUCCUGCAAACCGUCGUUUCAAGUUCAUCGUUCAGAUUUCGUCUGAUGAGCACAUCAAGGACGAGCAACUGCUGCUCCUGUCCCUCUUCCCUCUGCGUUAAGCAGGUUGCGGAAAUUUUGUAGCAUCUUUCUUUACGACAGCGAACGUGUCGUCUACGUAAGCGCACCAAUACCGGCUCAUGCUGGAUGAAGGCAAUCGAUCCGUCGCCGGCGUACAGAGCUUCCCGCAGCCACCCCCAAUCUUGCGUCAUCAAUCAGCGAUGAGCUAGUACCCCCUAAAAUCGUCGCUCGUCCUGUUGCUGCCACUAUCCCUGACGCUGGACCCCUGGACGGUUUCGAGAGCUCAGAUCCCGUCCGGUGCUCGACCAGUCUCCUUCUGUGCUAGUCACUGUUACUUCACCGGGGAAACUCGGGCGCCUUGUUAGUCUUCAUUUUUCGCUCUGUAUGAAUCUCAUCAUCUAGUAUUUGGAAUGCACCCUGAGCAACGAACUCAUGUUGACCGCUACAAGCCAUCCUACCGAGAUGGCUAACAGCUGCUGUUGCCACACAAAUUACAAGAAAACAUUUUUUCGUUGCAGAGUAAAAGAUGCGAUACUUCCUUCACCUCAGAAGAAGAGGGCACCUGGAAUGAGCUCAAUUAAUCCACAGAAUCGCAAAAGAAAGCCCGCCAGGGGAUUAAAUUUCUCCGAUGACGAAGACCGUAUCGAAUGA